AUGCCAAGUCUCGGCUCGUCGUCCAACUCGGAGAUUUCAAGCGGGAGCCCUCCACCCGAAUUGUACGAAGAUUCUCGAAUCCUGCGAUUCUGUUAUUGUCAUCGUAAACCAUUCAGCAAAUCUUCCCACACCGUUUUGGAUCCGGGAAGAAGAUUUUUCGCUUGCAAUAAGGAAUACAAUCCCAGAUGUCAUCUCUUCAAGUGGUGUGAUGAGGCGAUGCUAGAAGAGAUUGCAGAUGUUCGGCAUGAUUUGACCGAGAUGCAAGGCCGGAGUGGUUGGACUAGAACCAUGGACCGGAUUCACUCGACGGAGAUUUCCCAGCUACAGGAAUCGGUAAACAACCUGAAGGAGGAAAUGGUUAAGGCAAGGAGGUCUCAUGCUCUCCUUUAUGAGAUGGUGUGUGACUUGGUUUUGAACAAAAUGGAUAGGGAACUGGAACAGACGCGACGAAGUAAGAUAUUUAAGGAAGUUAAGGACAUGGUUGUUCUAUCUAUUUAA